UUAUCCAGAGAGUGUUUACAAUGUAAUAAAACUCAGUACACCAAGUUUUAUAGUUCUUGGCAUGCUUUUCUCCCUCAGUAAGCUCCUCGAAUAAAGCGAUUGUGUUGUCAACCAUAGCAUAUUCUUCAGUGUAGCAAGAUGCUUGGCUCCAGGCAGGCGCUGAGAGAGGCUGAUGGGUGAGUGAAUGUAUAUCAAUGAAAAUCAAACAGAGGACAUUGUCUUUAUAUGUUUUAGUGUUCCUGUGGUUUUUUGUGAUGGUUACUGGCUCUUCUCUAAGAAUAAUGGAGAAAAUGUUAGUUUAUACUGUCACACAGGGCAGUCACAGGGGAUUCUGAAAAAGCAAAAGAACCAAUGUUAAACCAGAAAUGAAUGUAGUGGGGUUGGGGAUGAGACAAGGGAAGCAAAUACAUGGGAAAGUAUUGAAAAGGACAGAGUGAUCAAAAGUGCAGGGACAUGGGAGCAUUGGGCAGUGCACUGGGAGCCAUUUAGUUUUGUGCUCUUAUUGUAUGAAUGGGGAAAAAAAUGUCCUUAGUGGUUAAGUGGCUUCUCAAAGCCACUUAAGACUUGUUCCAGAGAAGAUGAAUUAGGGGAAGGUGAACACGUUGGAAGUUGGCGACAAGGAGAGAAGCUGGAAACUAGAGAGGAGAGUCAGAACCAGAGGGAAAUGAGAGACUGAGUAGGCGUUUCAGGGUUUGUGAGAGCAUAGAUUUUCUUUGUUGCAGUCAGGGGAGGUGUGUCUGUUGGUUGCAGAAAGAAGUCAGACUAGAGAUAUCGUGGGGUAGCUGUGUUUGGAACAGAAAUCAAAGAUCAGUUUUUGUGAGAGAAGGAAAUCACAUCUGCAAAUGACAUGCUGUUUCUGCUACUUCCAUUGAUAGCUGUUCUCCCGGGUGGUGAAAGUGCAGAUGGGCUCAAGGAGCCGGUCUCCUUUCAUGCCAUCCAGAUCUCAUCCUUUUAUAACCAUUCCUGGGUACGAAAUCUGGGCUCAGGUUGGCUGGAUGAUUUGCAGACUCACACCUGGGACAGCAAUUCCGGCACCAUCAUUUUCCUGUGGCCCUGGUCCAGGGGAAACUUCAGCAAUGAGGAGUGGAUGGAACUGGAAACGCUAAUCCAUAUACACUUCAUUCGGUUUAACGAGGGAAUUCAUAGCUACGCCAGUGUAUUGCAGUUUAAAUAUCCUUUUGAGUUACAGGUGAUAGGAGGCUGUGAGCUGCACUCUGGAAAAGUACCAAGAGGCUUCAUUCGGGUAGCUUAUCAAGGAUCAGAUUUCAUGAGCUUCCAGGAGGAUUCAUGUUUGCCAUCUCCAGGGGCUGGAAAUGCGGCCGAGCGUUUCUGCAGAGCAGUCAAUCAGGAUCAGGUCAACAAGGUCCUAGUACACCGUCUCAAUGAAACCCUCCCACGUUUACUCUUGGGUCUUCUUGAUUCAGGAAAGGCACAUCUCCAGCAGCAAGUGAAGCCUGAGGCCUGGCUGUCCAGUGGCUCCAGUCUUGGCCCUGGCCGUUUGCUGCUGGUGUGCCAUGUCUCAGGAUUCUACCCAAAGUCCGUGUGGGUGAUGUGGAUGCGGGGUGAGCAGGAGCAGGCGGGCACUCAGCGAGGGGACGUCCUGCCCAAUGCUGAUGAGACAUGGUAUCUCCGAGCAACCCUGGAGGUGGCCACUGGGGAGGCGGCCGGCCUGGCCUGUCGGGUGAAGCACAGCAGUUUAGAAGGCCAGGACAUCGUCCUCUACUGGGGACAUCACAAUUCCGUGGGCUUGAUCAUCUUGGCGGUGAUAGUGCCUUUACUUCUUGUGAUAAUAUGUCUUGCAUUUUGGUUCAGGAAACGCCGCUUCCAUUGAGACACACCAUGAGCCUUCUCGUCACCAUUCUUUUGAGAUAAGGAACCAGCAGCCUAAGGGCUCAGGACACACCUGAACAUGUCGUGGUGAUGACAUCCUUUUCACUCUCCUUGUAAAACUUUGUUAUUUUUGCUUGUUUCUGCUUAACAAUCGUUUAUCAAUAUAAUUGAAAAAUGCAAUUUUGCAGAAUUUGUUGUUCUGACCUGGGUUUUCGGGCUUUAAAAUUCAAAUUUUAUCUCUGAAUGGAAUGGAGUCCUAGCCACCUCCACACGCUCAGCCAUUAAUGUAUCAACAGCCCCCUUUAGAUUCCCUUCCUCCAGAGGGCCUUCCCUGACUCACACGUGGGAAGCGGUCUCCCCCUGGUCUGAGCUCCCGCCACAUUUCAGCCAUAUUUGCUAACUGCACUCCUUACUUCUUUUCCUUUGUUGCAGUUAUUUAGGUUCUCCUUUUCCUUCUAAUUUUUCAGCUCCUUCAAUGCAAAAUAUGUGUGUUAUUAUAUGCAUCCCUGGUGAAGGAUCUUGCCUGCAUGAAACAUGUUCUCAAUAAAACUCUGUUGAAUUUAUGCCAAAUUUGUAGUCUUUU